AUGAAGAAGCCACGGAUAUCUUAUUCGUCUUCAAGCCUUAAUCAAUUGCCUUCAUUAACUCGCGCAUCAUCUGCCGCUCCUUCUGAACUCGAUAAUGCUCGUCAGAAACUGGCGCCGGUUUAUAAACUCUCUGCGACUCGAGUUUCGCAUUCGGAACCUCCUAAAUGGGCGCCAUAUGAUCGCGCUGAAUUUCUCAAAAGACUAAAAUCUUUCUCAAAUCUCACGGAUUGGACGCCAAAGCCGGCAAGGGUUAAUGAAGUGGAAUGGGCGAAGAGGGGAUGGGUUUGUCAAAAGAAGGAGCGCGUUAGAUGUUGUUUCUGCAAUGUGGAGAUUUUGGUUAAAUUGAAUAAGAAGGAAGAGGAUGGAAAAGAGAAGGAGGUUUAUAUCGCGGAAAAUAUUGAAAACGCGUUGAUUGAUAAAUAUGUUGAACUUAUUAUCACUUCGCAUGAUGAGAGUUGUCCCUGGAGACAGAGAGGAUGCGAUGAUGUCAUAUUCAAACUUCCCCUCAAUAAACCUGCAGUCACCAUCCAAACCCUUCGCGAACGUUAUGAUGAGCUCCAACAAAGAGCCGAACACUUACCAUACCUUUCUAAUAUGACACCUCCAGAAGGUCUCGAUAUCGAUCGCGUAAUAACCUACAUUCCCCGAGAUUUCCUUAAAUCAUCUCCUGAAGCGCAAACGAGUACUUCCAGCGAAAUCAACAAAGUGGCUUUAAUGAUGUCUCUUUGUGGUUGGCAAGGUCACAAACAUGAUCGCCUUGGUCAUCAACUCGAAUCCGUCUCAUGUCAAACAUGUUAUCGAAUUCUUGGUCUUUGGAUGUUCAAAAGCAAAUCCAUUUCUGCCACAGGUAAAGAAACUGAACCAGCUAUUGUCCCUGGUCUCGAUCCUAUCGCCCAACAUCGCGAAUAUUGUCCUUGGCGUAACCCCAUAUCACAAAACGGUCUUGCUGCUACGCAGAACUCAAAAUCAAGAGAACUUGCCGGAUGGGAAGUCGUGUUACGUGUGUUGAAGAGUGAACAUGGCUUGAGAGCGGGCAGAGAAAAGAAUGAAAAGGGACCGAGAAGGAGUUAUAUUGCACCUAUGAUGAAUGAAGCUGGUGGUGAGGAUGGUAAUGAUUUAGCACAUGAUUUUGCAGAUGAUGAAGAUGCGAAGAGUAUUAGGGAUGCGAAAGAUAAGGACUUGAUGGCGAGAUUGAGGAGGGUUAAGACAUUUAUUGCAUUAAAGAAACGUCCGAGUGGAGAGGUGAAGAACAAGAGGUUUAGUGCUACUUGA